GCGUCGCAGGUGCGUGGAGCGCGCGCCAGCCACCGCGCCGCCACUGUGCUCUCUACGGCUGUCGUCGCCCGGGCUGCGCGCAGACCAGCCGCCGGCUGUUUUCGAAACACACCCGUCCGCACUCACAAGGUGAACGGGGAGCGGCGAUGAGCGUCAACUCGAGCGCGGCGGGCCGGCGCUCGACGAGCGUCAGCGCCAGCGACAAGCGCGCCAGCUUCCAGAGCCACGAGGCGCGAGACAGCUUCAAGAGCCUGCACACCAGCCUCGAGGACGGCUCCAGCUCGGGGCACGGUGGUGGCGAUGGUGGCUGCAGCGAGGGCGAGGGCGGCAUGUCGCCGCGCAUACCGCGCAAGUUCAUCUCCAACUGGCGGCACGCCUGCGACCGCACCAGGGACCGCACCAAGGAGCUGCUGCGCCGCUGGCGGACCAUGCCCGACGGGCCGGGCGGUGCGCCGGGACACUGCGAGGACGACGGGUUCGCCGAGGGCGACGUGGAUGCCGAGGGCUGCGCGCGCCGCCCCAAGGACCACGGCUGGACCGUGCACGUCUGGGCAACGUGGGUUGAAAGGAACACCAGUGAAGAUGAGACUACGGAGAACACAGAGGAGCUGAAGAACUGUCUUUCAGAUACUCAGAAGGAAAAAUUUACUCACUUCUUCACUCACCUUUUGGACACAGACAGAGACAACAAAAUAUCAGAACAAGACUUCGAUCUUCUUAGCGAGCGAUUGCGUCACUUUGCUGACUGGUCAACAAAUUCUCCAGAGUUUCACAUUCUCCAUGAAGUGCAAAAUGGCUUUGUAGAUACAUUUAUUAAAUCCAAUCUGUGCAAUAAGCGUUUUCUGGACACUACAUCAGAUGACAGUGAGACAGUGAGUCUUGAUCACUGGCUCAUACAGUGGAGUAAAUUAGUGAAAACUGCCCAGAACUUGUAUGACUUUCCUCUCUGGCUGCAAUACUUUGCAAAAAUUAUUUUCCUUGUAAUGAACAGAAGUGGGUCCGGGAUCAUCUCAAAGGAUGAGCUCAGAAUAUUCUAUUCAUCUUUUCUUGGGUUUGAAAAAAAGGAUAUAGAUGAAUUCAUUGACUUGGCAUACGACAAUCUGACCUCGAAUGGUGACUACAAACUCCGCUACUCAAUUUAUCGUUUGUGUUUCUCGAAUUUCCUGUUAGGCCGUUUUCCUCAUGGUCCUGGCCAGUUCUUAUUUGGAACAUACGAAGGAGAAACUAAAUACUCAGCAAUGUUCCCAAUUGACUAUAGUGCAAUGAACAGCCCACCUGAAGCACUUGAACAAUAUAGUCCACACAAGAAGAGCAAUAGGCACUCAGUUAUUGUGUAAAGCACAAUAUUAACAUAAACAAGGUUUGAAUAUGAAAUGUAUAAGCAUAAACAUAAUGAGCUUUAUGUUUUUUGUGAAACGUAUAAAUGUUUUACAGAUUUCCUAAAAAAUUGCCUAAGCGAUAGACAAGACAAUCUCUGUAAAAGACUGUUGUUGUGUGAGCAUUGAGGUGAUGAACUAUUGUUACCAAAAUGAAAUAUCACUUGUUGAAGUGUUUGGUGCAAACUGGUUUCUCAUUCUGGAAGCUAACAGAAUAAAACAAACACUGACUUCUGUAACCUCAAACUACAUUCAGUAUUAUGAAAAUGAUAUUUUAGUGCACAAGUAAUUUUGUAGGUUAUUUCUUUUAUUAAUGAAUGUACAUUCCACAGAUGAUAUGCAAAAGUCUUAUGAAAUAUGUGUCAUGCAAGGCACAUAUCUUGCUUUUACCUCAGUUGUCAAUGUAAAUACACAUUUCUUGUGGCACUUAAUAAGUAUAGUUUAUGACACAGAUCACAAACGCCAUCUCUUUAUGAUAUGUAAGAUUACAAGAUAUUCUGCCUGUUGUGUCUAUAGCUUUCUGCAUUGUUACUUAUUGUCACAGAAUUCACUCACAUAAAAAUGUUAUGAGCUUGUACUCACUGACAGCAUAUGGAUUUCGAAAAUGACAAGUUUUAUUGUAGUGAUGAGGUUUAUGCUCAUGUUUUCCAUAACCGUAUGUUAGUCUUGUCACCAAACUGUUUCCACCAAUUAA